CUAUGGCAGUAUAGUUCUCACUGUCGCAAAACCCUUUACGAUAAGACAAUCAGAGUGCCGCUGUUCAAGUACCUUGUGAUUCUCUGUAAGUUUCUUGAUUAUUUUUUUCCAACCCUCCUCAGCAUAAUUUUGCCGAUAGAAACCAUGUCGAUCUCCAUUCACCACCAAAAUCGUUUCUUCAGUAUUUGCCGAGAUAUGAAGCGGCUUGUCUGGAAGAAAUGA